AUGCAGGUACAUUCUUUAGUUAUGUUGGUGCAAUUUAUGGUUAAACAGCUUCCAACCUCUGAGAAUAGGACAGAGGAGCCACUCUGCUUCCCCAAAAUGAGCCCAAGCCUUGUCAGAAAUGGGGAUCUUGUGAUUGGGGCUUUUCUCCCCAUGUAUUCAGUUGAAGUGAGCAGUGUUUCAGGAGCAGGACUCUUUGGAAGCAAACCUGACAAGAACUGUUGGAAUUAUAAGUGGCUAUACAAAAACUACCAACUAGCCCUGACACUGAUGUUUGCUGUAGAGGAGAUCAACAAGUGUCCUAAUUUGUUGCCCAACCUCACCCUGGGCUUCCACCUCUACAACACCUACCACAGUGAUGAAAGGACCUUGGAGAGCUCCCUGCGGUGGCUGUCUGGGCAGGGCUGGCUCAUCCCUAACUACAGCUGCUGGGAGAAGGACAAGUCUGUGGCUGUUAUUGGAGGAGCCACUUCAGCUCUAGCUGUCCAGAUGGGGACUCUGCUCGACCUCUACAAGUAUCCUCAGAUCACCUUUGGGCCAUUUGAUCCCAUCCUCAGUGAUAAAGGGCAAUUUCCUUCUCUUUACCAAAUGGCUUCCAAGGACUCUUCCCUACAUAAAGGUCUGGUCAGAUUGAUGACCCACUUUGGAUGGACAUGGGUAGCUCUGGUGACAGUGAAUGAUCUGAGAGGUGAGAAAUUCCUUCAGGAAAUGACAUUGGAGAUGGCAAAUAAUGGGAUUUGUGUGUCCUUCACAGAGAAGAUCCCUGUCAGUGAGAGAAGACACAGAGAAUCAGAGGAUAUAUUCAUGCCCAGGAUCAUGGCAUCAUCAAGUAGAGUGAUUUUCAUUCAUGGUGACACAGAUUCAUUAAUGAUCUUGAGAUAUUCACAAUUUCCUUUUUUCUCAAUUAACAAGGUGUGGGUCACCACUUCUCACUGGGACAUUACCAUGAGACCCAAAUAUAUUGAUGGUUAUAAUUUCCAUGGAGCACUUACUUUUUCACACCUAACAAGUGAAGUUCCUGGUUUUAAGGCUUUUCUCAGGGGAGUGAACCCUGGUAAAUACUCAGAGGACAUUGUACUGAAAGAAUUCUGGCUCUCAACAUUCAGAUGUACAGAAGAACCUGAAAAACUAAAGCAUGAAGAAUGCUUACUAAAUGCCUCCUUGGAGGCUCUGCCUUUGCUUUACUUUGACAUGACAAUGUCUGACUUGAGUUACACCAUCUAUAAUGCUGUCUAUGCUGUGGCUUGGACCCUAAAUGAAAUGUUCCUGAUGAAAUUAGAAAAAGAAUCCAUCAUAGAGGAAGAAAUCUGCAUUCCUCAUCCAUGGCAGCUCCACUCAUUUCUAAAGAACAUCCAGUUCAACAAUAGUGCAGGUGAUCAGGUGUUUAUGGAUGAAAAUGGAAACCCAGAGGCUCAGUAUAAAAUCCUCAACUAUGAAACCAAUAAGGAUGUUGAAGCUCUGGUGAAAGUUGGACAAUUCAACCCCAAGGCUCAGCCUGGUGAAGAUUUUACCAUUAAUGAGGAGGCCAUAGUGUGGGGUUGGACAUAUACCAAGGUUCCCUGUGCCACAUGCAGUGAGAGCUGUGGUCCUGGACUGAGGCAAACCCCUCUGGAGGGACAGCCCAUCUGCUGUUUCAACUGUUCUCUGUGCCCUGAGGGAGAGAUUUCUAAUCAGAUGAAUAUGAAGCAUUGCUUGAAGUGCCCAGAAGAUGAGUAUCCCAAUAAGGAAAGAAACCAAUGCCUCCCCAAGGUUGUGACUUUCCUGGACGUUUCAGAACCUUUGGGAAUGACUUUGAUCUGUGUGGCUCUUUCCUUUUCUUUAAUCACGUCUUUAAUUCUCUGCAUAUUUGUGAAGUUUCGAGACACCCCCAUAGUGAAAGCCAAUAACCGGGCUCUCAGCUAUACUCUUCUCAUCUCCCUCAACUUCUGUUUCCUCUGUUCCUUGCUCUUUAUUGGUCGCCCAACUUCAGCCACCUGCCUCCUCAGACAAACAACAUUUGGGGUUGUGUUUACUGUAUCUGUGUCUUCUAUUUUAGCCAAAACCAUCACGGUGGUCCUAGCCUUCAGGGUCACAAUACCAGGGAGCAGGAGCAGGAUAUGGGUACAAUCCAGGGUGUCUAACUCUGUUGUCCUUAUCUGUUCUGGGAUUCAAGUGGUUCUCUGUGGCAUCUGGCUGGGAACCUCUCCCCCCUUUCCUGACAUGGACCCACACUCUGAGCCUGGCCACAUCAUCAUUAAGUGCAAUGAGGGCUCUGACUUUGCUUUCUACUCUGUUCUGGGCUACAUGGGAUUCUUAUCAUUAUGCAGCUUUACAGUAGCUUUCCUGGCCAGGAGCUUGCCUGACACCUUCAAUGAAGCCAAAUUCAUCACAUUCAGCAUGUUGGUGUUUUGCAGUGUCUGGGUCUCCUUCCUCCCAACAUACCAGAGCACCAAGGGGAAAGCAAUGGUUACUGUGGAAAUCUUCUCCAUCCUGGCAUCCAGUUCUGGGUUGUUGACCUGCAUCUUUAUUCCCAAGUUUUACAUUAUCCUGCUGAGGCCCGACAAAAACACCCAGGAAAGUAUAAAGGAUAAAGUAAGUUCCAGGGGCAGGAAACAUUCUGGAUCAUUGUCUGCUUAUUCCUCCCAGAGGCAUAAUCAAUUUUAA